AUGUCUCCCAAGACGGCCUCUUCUUCGCCAGCCUCGACCACCAGCGAGGGGGAGCCGCCCUCGUCAGGCAUCUCCGACGACGACGCCUCCUUCGCCUCGUCUUCCCCUUCGCUGGGCGCCGGCGGCAGCCUGCCUUCGUCUCCCAGCCCCUGCCUGCUCCUGGUCGAGGUGGGCGCGCGGGCGGCGCGCGGCGGCCCGGCGAAAGGGCGUCGGGGCCGAGGGCCCGGCAAGGGCGAGGGGCUGGGCCCCAACAAGGCCAAGAGGAGCCGGCGCAUGAAGGCCAACGACCGGGAGCGCAACCGGAUGCACAACCUGAACUCGGCGCUGGACGCGCUGCGAGGCGUCCUGCCCACCUUCCCCGACGACGCCAAACUGACCAAGAUCGAGACGCUGCGCUUCGCGCACAACUACAUCUGGGCGCUCACCGAGACCCUCCGCCUGGCCGACCAGAAUCUGGCCGGCGCGGGGCCGGGCCCCGAGGUGGGCGCCGCUUUCCAGCAGCUGGCCGCCGGCUGCGACAGCCUGGCUGCCUGGCCCGCUUGCUGCCAGUGGGACGCCGCCUCGCUGGACUCGCCCGGCUCGCAAGAGGGCAGCCUCAGUCCCACGGACUCCUUCCAGGCGCCCCCCGGCGGGGGCCCUCUCCGACUCAGGCGCCCCCCGGAGCGCGCGGUCUUCCCGGACUUCGUCUGA